CCGCCGCGAAAUGGACGUAGUGUUGCCACAAUACCUAUAUUUGUUAUUUAUGGAUUACUAUGGCACCGGACCGCGGCACCGGGCACAUGUGUACGCAUGAACGUCGCGCGAAGUACACGGGAAUUCUUUAUCCCGACAAAAACUCAGCUUACGCCUCGCGGACUGUAUUUUUACUAGCUAAAAUUUACUACGGCACUAGCGUACGCUAUGACGUUAAAGUUUGUAUGAAAUAUAAACGUUUUGAAACGUGUGCCACAUGUCUAGGACAACGCGAAAAUUCACAUUCCUGUAACCUGUUCACGCUUGUUCUCGUUUCGGGACGAUUGCGGAGCCGCCAUUAGUGAAAUAAAUAAUUGUGGUUAUAAAAAAGUUCUAAAUAAUAAGUGUUCAUUGCAAAUAGUUCAGUCUUAGUGCCUUAACAAAAGUGAGGGACUGUCUGCGAGUGACAGACAGACAGUUGACGACAAAACAAUAAAACGUAUUGCUGAUAAGCUUUAAGAAAUAUGCUUAUUUAAAUAAUCUAUUCAGUGUUCAAAUGUUAACUAUAAUAAAUAGUGAAAAUAUAUACUAAAAAGUGUUAAAAUGACGGUGAAAACAGAAUCUAAUGGACACACGUAUUGGCAAUGGAUUUUUGGUAUAAUAGCCAACAUGGGAUUCCUGGUCUUCGGCCUGGAAGCAGCCUGGAUAUCUCCCACUACGAAAAAGCUGCAAGCUGCUGACUCUCCUCUAGGUGCUCCAUUAACAAACCAGGAAAUAUCCUUAAUGGCCAGCAUCAACUGCUUCUCAGCAGCUCUGGUUGUACCUAUAUAUGCCAUAAUAGCUGAUAGAUUUGGCAGGAAAUGGGCCGUCUUAUUCUCUACUAUUCCAGCUUUUCUAUCAAUCAUUCUCCGGCUAACGGUACCAAAUGUAAUAGCUCUUAUCAUAGCAAGAGCAGCUGCUGGGAUAUCAUCGUCUGGUACAUUCGCUAUCACGCCAAUCUACAUUCGCGAACUAAGCCAGAACAAUCUUAUAGGCGUCCUAGGAUCCAUAUCAGUCCUGCUGCAGAACCUAGGUUUCCUGAUAAUGUACUUAAUCGGCGCAUACUUUGAUUACUUCACAGUUUUGUGGAUAUUUUUAGCAUUCCCUUUAGCUAUGGGAGUGUUAAUGUUAAAGGCCCCUGAAUCACCUGCCUUUUUGGUUAAGCGUGGGAAAAUAGAUGAAGCCUACACGGCAAUUGCCUUUCUAAGAGGUCUUAAAAUUGAUGAUAAAGAAAUUAAAACUGAGAUAGAAUACAUGCAAAAACAAGAGGAAACGUUUAAAAAUCUUCCCAAGGUUGACUUGAAAGCUAUAUUUAAAGAUAAAGCUUGGCGUCACGGCUUACUUUUAAUGUUCUCUAUCUUUACAAUCUACGCGUGGAAUGGUGCAUUUGCAACAAUAACCUAUGCCUCCGCUAUAUUGGAGUCGACGGGAAGUAAUUUGGGAAUCAGUCCAGAAAUGCAAACAUUGAGUUUUCCAAUCGUCAUGAUUGUUGCUUCGCUUGUAUUUACAAGCAUUGCGGAGAGGUUUAAUCGAAAGCCUCUCCUGAUAGUAUCAUUCCUCAUAUCAGCGAUCGCUCUCGUAUGUUUGGGAAUAGCAAUGCGUAUGCAGUCCUACGGCUAUACAAUCCCUAACUGGUUACCAGUCACUUGCUUGAUGAUCGUAGUAGCAUUCUACGCUGGAGGAGUCAGGACGUUACCGUUUAUUAUACUUACGGAAAUGUUUAAUUUCCAGGCUCGGGCCAAAGUGAUGGGCUGCAUAAGCACCUACGCAUGGUUGACUACAACCAGCCAACUUUUUGCGUAUACACCCCUUACGGAUGCUUUUGGAAUAUACACAACGUUCAUAAUCUACGGCUUCCUGAAUCUUGUUGGCGCUUUAUUCACAUCAAUUCUUCCCGAAACGAGAGGAAAGACUGAUGAAAUUAUAAGAGACGAACUGGCGAAUGGGAAAAAGAAAUAAUGGAAAAGAAACUUAAUUGUUGUGUUGGGGUAUUUUUCAUUAGUGCAAAGAGAAGUUAUUUCAAGAUAAUUGGUCUGUUUGUGAGAUGGUAUGGAUCGUUAGGAGAUUUUAUGCUUAAAAAUAGGCCCUUGUUGGCACGUUGAAGAAAGACAAAAUGUAAAUAGGUUUUUUGUAUUUACUUAACUGUUAACUAGAGAUUAUCCUCCUUAGAUGCUACGCUUACGCUAAAGGUAUCAUGUGCCGAGGUAUUUCCAUGAUAUACAUAUCUUAUCCAUAACUCAAAAGAGCUUACAUAAUUAGGUAUUUAUGUACCUAUACCUCUACAGGGCGUCCCACUAUUUUAAUACUAAGCGCGAAGGGACUUGUAGUUUUGCAUACACUGAUCACGUAAAAAAUGCUUAAACAACAAAAUUAUGUUAAACAUUUUUUGAUAAAUUUUUCC